UAAUUGCUGCUUGGAAAAAUGUUAAGUUUCUGAUUCAAUUGGAGUCAAGAGAGCAGCAUUUUAGUAGUAGUAGUAGUACAGUAAAAUGUACUACGAGUAUCAGUGUGGGAUAUUGGAGGUCAGGAAGCUUAGGAGAGCCUUUGGUCUCCUCGGGGUGUCACUGGUCUUUCUAUGGAUGGUUGCUCACACCAGCAGGACUGCCUAUCAGUUCUGGUGGCUUGAGGAGACGAGCGAGUCUUCCUCCUCAUCUUCUCUCUCUUUCAGUCAAAGGCACCUUCUCUCUAUCAACUUCUCACUAGGGACAGCAAAUGAGAUACGAGAGUGUGCCUCCAUCCACAAGUUAAGCGAAGACCAGAAGAAGAACCAGACAGUCCUGUGUAAGUUUGUACAGACGGUUCCAGCCUGCAAAAGCGACGCUGGAAUUUUCACCUACUUUGAGUUCGUUUACUGCAUAAUGCCAUUGAAACUGCUACCACUAACAAUGAUUAUACUGUUUUUUUGGUUAUUGUUCCUGUUCAUAUUCUUGGGCACAACGGCUGAAGAAUAUUUUUGUCCAGCUCUUACUGUCAUAUCACAAGUUCUUCACUUAAGCCAGAAUGUAGCUGGUGUCACUCUCCUUGCCUUUGGUAAUGGUGCCCCUGAUAUAUUCAGUGCUCUUGCUGCAAUCAACCAACCUGAUGCUAAGAGGGCCAGCCUUGCUUUUGGUGCUUUAUUUGGUGCUGGUAUGUUUGUCACUACUGUUGUAGUUGGUGCUGUCGUCAUUUCAAAGCCUUUCACACUGACAAGACGGCCAUAUAUGAGAGACCUGGUCUUCUACUUAGGAGCAGUUUACUGGACAUUCUUCAUACUCUGGAACAACAGCAUGAACAUUGGAAUUUCACUAGGAUUCAUAUGUCUCUAUGUCACGUAUGUUUUAGUUGUAAUAUUUGGUCGAUUAGUGUAUCAAAAAUGGAAGAAGAAAGGCUUGAGUGGAACAGGCGACAUACCAAAGCCUCAGCCUAAACCCGAGGGACAAGAGUUAUACAAUAGUCGCUCCACAGCUGCACCAGUAGAUGAGGAGACUCCUGUUAUUAUAAGGAAUGGGCACCUCCCUCCAUCUCCUUCACCUCCUCCUCCCCCUCCUCCUCCUUCGUCAAAUGUUAAGAUUAUUGUAGAAGGGUCUCCUGAUCAUGAAACAAGUGGACACCAUCAACUAGUAAACACUGAACAACAUGAAAGUGAGCUCACUCACUCGUGUGCCAUCAUAGCCUCCCAACACGUGUACGGUGUAUCAGAUGAAGAAGAAGAAGAAGAAUCAAGAGACAGACUGCCCUCCCCUCUCCCGGCCAGACCCCCCACCCCUCGCUCUGUUUCUCCCCGGAGACUACGCAGGACGAUAUCAGGCGCACUGGACAUAACGGAGGAUGUCGGUUUAGUGGCUGUGGGUGCUAACCCAAAUCUGUCCAAGAUCUGGCACCAUGCUUAUAGAAAGGAGGUCUUUCAUCAGCAUCACUUGCAUCCUGCGCAUCACUCGCCUAGACCGAGCCCACUGCUGGAGCGACGAUCAAGAAGCUCUUCUAGAUCAAGGGGAUCUCAUUUGGAUUUGAGUGCUUCGCAUAAAAGUGAUGGAGGGGGUGGGGCAGGAGGAGGGGCUUCUGACAAUAAUCGAGAGACCGAGGGUGAAGGUGAUGAUGAAGAGUCUCCUUUGAUGUCUUCUUGGGACCAAAGGGAAACCGUUUUUGAGACGCCAAAGGCACGACAUCCUUUUAUAAAGCUAUUGUUAGCUCUCUGGCCUUUUGGAGAGUCUUUCAGAGACCUUGGGAAAGCCGGAAAAAUAUAUGAGACCUUAAAAGUACCUGCUGGACUAUUAUUAAACAUCACAGUACCUGUCAUUGAUAAAGAUGAAGAUAAUGACAACUGGAAUAGAUGGCUGACCAUCAUACAGUGUGUCACAGCACCAGUGUUUAUUAGUCUAACAACAAAAUUGGGUUUUAAGAUGAUUGGUGGAGUAUUCCCUGCUAUUGUCAUAGCUUUUGUCUUUGGAGUCUGUCUAGCAAUUCUUGUUGCAUUCACUUCAUCGAAUGAUAAGCCUCCAAGAUAUCAUUGUGUGUUUGCUUGGGUUGGGUUCCUGGUUGCUGUUGUAUGGAUAUACACCAUUGCCAAUGAAAUAGUCAAUCUAUUACAAGUAUUUGGUAUAGUGAUUGAUUUAUCUGAUGGGAUAUUAGGAAUUACACUAUUAGCUUGGGGUAACAGCAUUGGAGAUGCUGUGGCUAACGUCACCAUGGCAAGACAAGGAUUCCCUCGUAUGGCGAUUGGCGCUUGUUUCGGAGGACCACUACUGAAUAUGUUAUUAGGAAUUGGUAUAGCGUCUACUGUUAAAGCAAUUGGAUCUGAAGGAUUGACAUUUGGACUGUACUUUACUCAAGUUCAAAUGUUUGCCGCCCUCUUUUUAUUACUGAGUCUUUCAUCGUCACUGGUAAUAAGUUCCAUCCUUCGGUUCAAAAUGAAAAGAGUAUAUGGGAUUUGUCUCUUUGUGUUUUACGUGACAUUCUUAAUUGUUGUCAUACUUGCAGAGGCUAAAGUGUUCAAUAUCUCAAUUCCAAACGUUUUAGAACCUGUUUGAAUGUACUCUUUCUCACUCAAAUAUUAUGUAUAGCUACAAUAAUGAAUUGAUUGAUUGAUUAUUAUUAUUACUAAUGCUGUAUUAUAGUGUGUCUGUAUAUUAAUUGUGAUUUAUCAUGAUCAAAAGUAUGCAUUUAGAUCUAA